AUGGUCAGCGUUAAGAACAAAUUUAAGAUUAUUGUGUGCGGAGGUGGUCUUGGCGGAUUGGGCUGUGCAAUCGGCCUGGCUUUGAAUGGACACCAUGUAAUUGUAUUGGAGGCUGCUAGUGAAAUCAACGAGGUUGGUGCAGGUAUCCAGAUCCCUCCCAACUGUGUUAAGGUGUUAAAUGAGUACGGAGUUGCUGAAAAGCUGAAGAAAUAUGUCACCAAACCAGCCAAUAUCAACCUUAGAAGAUAUUCUACUGGAGAGAUUCUCAAUGCUACCAAGCUCGACCCUCAUAUGACAGAGACUUAUGGAUUCCCCUACUGGCUCAUUCAUCGAGCUGACUACCAGAGAGUACUUUGGGAUUAUGCAUUGUCUAUUGGUGUAGCCAUCAAAACUUGUAGUAGAAUCGACUCUGUCGAUGACGCUACUCAUACUGUCAAGCUAGUUGAUGGUACUACUUACACAGGAGAUCUUAUUGUUGGAGCAGAUGGUAUCAGAUCCAAAGUAAGAGACAGUGCUGUUGUUGACGAAGAAGUCGUUCUUCCAACUCCCUCAAGUAACUGUGCUUACAGAGCUACAGUUCCCGCUGAAGAAAUGUUGGCUGAUCCAGUCAUUGCACAUUUGAUGACCGAUAUUAAUUCAAACUGUUGGAUUGGUUAUAGACGUCACGUCAUGGCAUAUCCAAUUAGAAAUGGAAAGAUGUACAAUAUUGUCAUGUCCCACCCAGGACAGGCUGCUGUCGGUAAAUGGGCUGAACCUGGUGAUAUCGAAGAAAUGAAAAAUCACUAUAAAAAUUUCGAUCCAGUUGUUGUUCAGCUCUUGACACAUGUCAAAACCGUUCUUAAGUGGGUACUGGCAGACCUCCCCACCCUGCCCAGAUGGGUUUCAAAGUCUGGCCAAACUGUUCUCAUUGGUGACGCAGCCCAUGCCAUGCUGCCAUACUUGGCUCAAGGAGCUGCUCAAGCCAUUGAAGACGGAGCAUGCAUUUCAUCUCUUCUCAGCCAAUGUGAGACUGAAAAGGAUAUUCCUGAUGCCAUGAGAAAAUACGAAAAGAGACGUAAGCUUCGAUGUGAAAAGAUCCAGAGAGGUGCUCGUGAUAAUGGCUACAUUUGGCAUAUGCCUGAUGGUGAGGAGCAAGAGCAAAGAGACAGUGACAUGAAGCUUCAACCUGCUGACAAGAAGAAUCCUAAUCAAUGGAGUGAUCCAUUGUUUCAAAAAUGGAUGUUUGGCUGGGAUGCCUUUCGCGAUUAA